CCAGGAUGCUUGUUCACUACAGGAGGUUGCAUUUGAAGGUGAAUCGCGGCAUAACUAGGGCGCGAGGUUGUCAGCACUUAUCGGACUCCUGACAUAUGGACACAGUGCUUGUUGCAAUAUUUGACAAAUGGAAUACUACCUUUGUUUCAGACCCAUGGCCUAAGAGGUAUGUCUACCUCUCCGGUUCACAUAGUAUGGCUUGGCUGCAGAGGUUUCAGUAUGACCAGCUGGUAAAGAAAUGGCGGGAUGCAAAGCGGAAAAUGACAGAGAAAAAUCGGAAGGGAAAAAGGACAAGAAUAAAAAAGAAUAUAAAAAAAAAAUCAAAAGAAGAAGAAGAGGAAAGCACAAAAAGAACAAUUACAAGGGGCACCAGUCCAAUGCACGAGUUUAGUGACGCCUUGACAUCGAAUCGAAGAAAACGGUUGGUGUAUCUUCCAAGAAGUCGAAAGUGUCGUGAUGGAAUGCCCACCCGGACUCCGGUGGUAUAGACGUUCUCGACUAGAGUCUGGCUGGUUUCCGCUCUCGCAGAGCUCCACGAUAAAGCCCCUUAGUUACUUUUUACUUUGGAUUGAUGACCCUGUCCCAUCCAAACAGACAAAUAGUCUU